AUGGCACCCAUCAAGCCCCACUGGGUCCAGCCCUCCCACCCGGACCGUCUUCACCUCAUCGUCAACGAGGCCGAGUAUACGUCCAAGAGCAUCUCCAAGAUUACUCUCCCGCCCUUUGCGCUGUUCGCCAAGCUCGAGUACCCCCCGUGCACGCCGGCCGAGAAGCCGACGUAUGCGACCGUCCAGUGUGGCCGUGACAAGCACCUGGACUUGAACAGCGAUUUGCUGUACAUCAACCACUCUUGCGAGCCGUCUCUUAUCUUUGACACGGGUAACAUGAACGUCAUCGCCGGCCCGAAAGGGAUUCAGAUUGGCGAGGAAUUGACCUUCUUCUACCCCUCAACAGAAUGGACCAUGGCCCAGCCCUUCCAAUGUCUCUGCGGUAAACCCACCUGCCGCGGCCUCAUCUCCGGCGCCCGCGACAUGACCGACGCCCAGCUCAGCGGUAUCUGGCUAAAUGGCCACAUCCGCGAACUUCUCGAGGAACAGCGUGGUCGGGGCUACGAUAACAACCUUUCCAUCAACACUCUUUCCACUACUACCACGGCCAAUGCCAGCACGACCGCCAUGGACUGCAACCUCUCUGACAACAACAACAACAACAACAACAGCGAGAAAUUCGCCGAACUCGAACUCGAUCAGACGGCUCGAAGCUUGAGAGAUGCUUUGACCCAUGCGGAAAAGGUGGUCGAAGCCGCGAGGAAUGCGCUGACCAGCUACGUUGGCGCUGUCAACGCCAAGAGCGCGAGCAACAAGGUUCCCGAGGGGGCGCAGAGACGGGGGCCGACGAGUAGGGAGUUGAGCGGAGAGAUGGGGGGUGAUACGGAGGUUGUUGCUUAG